CGCUUAGGUGGACCUUUUCUAUUCCCGCCCCCAGUACCACGUAAUGAAAAAAAAACUCUCUUUGUCAUGGCGAAUUCGAUUAACGGUAUCUCAUGCAGAGUAAAAAAGAAAGCAAAUUCCGCCGAUUAUUCAAAAGAAGAAAGCAUAGAAACGUGUUGUAUUUUGGUGAAAAACACAGAGAUAGAUCCGUGUUUGGAUUGUGGAGUAAUCGUUUACUGGAAUUAUCAUUGAAAGUGUUUUUUUUCUUCUAAAUGAAGGAAGAUGAAGGUGAUGAUAGGAAAAUCAACGAUGAUAAAUUUGUUCAAGAUAUCAAACUUUGGGGAGUUUUCCUCUUCGGAUUAAUCGGCGCUACCGCCACCACCUUCGCCCUGUCCAGGUCUUUGAAAGGAGGGAAUGUCGGUUCUUUUCGAACAACUUUUCAAGAAGAAGCAUGGAAGAGGUACAAUAAGCGACUGCAAGAGGAGUAUGAGGAAGAGAUGGAGAGAGUGGAAAGAAUAAGGCGUAUGCAAGAUGUGUUUAAUAGAGAAAGGAAUAAGUAUAGACGAAAUCCCGAGAACUGGAAGGAAAAUGGUUCUGGUACAUAUCAUCAGAAUUUCCAAAGAGAUGAUUGGUAUUGGAAGGCUGAACAAACCUUCAGAGACCAGUGGAAAAAUUACCCAAGGGACAAUGGAAGCAUAAAUUAUUCAUUAUUAUCACACCACUACUCAGUUUUGGGUCUCGACAGGUCUAGAACGACACCAUAUACAGAUGCUGAAAUUAAGACAGCAUUUAGGACCAAGGCAAAGCAGUUUCAUCCUGACCAGAACCAAGAGGAUAGAGUGGCUGCUGAGGCUAAGUUCAAAGAAGUUAUGAGUUCAUACGAGGCCAUACAACAAGAAAGAAAGAAUCAUAGUCUGUAAUUGCAACCCUGCCUGAUAAUCAUGGGAACUUGAAGGAUGCAACAUAUUUAAAAUAAUGAUAAUUUUGGGGUCGUGUCUAAAGUUAACCCUGAUCAUGGUGAGUCUUCGGAGUUCAACUCACUUAAAUUUGUAUCACAAAAAAAAGGUUGAUGUAGUUCAGGACUGCUAUGCCGUAACCCAAGGAGAACCUUAAUUUUGGGAAAUUAUUACAUAAUAGCGGUGUUGUAUUACAAUGAGGUUAGUCGCUGGUCGUUGGUCGCCGGUCACAAUGCUGUAAACCAAUGUGGCUGCAAUCUAAGACUUUGCUAAAUUAAAGAAAAAUCAUAAUAGCAAGGGUAAGUCGCCGGUUGCAGCUACAAUUAACAUCACUAAUAAAAUUUAAGGUUUAAACAUACACUCGUUUGAAAAUUUAAUAGUUUUUGUACUAGUUAGGAAAGCUGCAUGUGCUGGUGAGAAUAGCACAAUGAGGAAAUCCGUUUUUGUAAGGAAUUCAAUUGAGCAUGAGUUAUGUUGUAAUUAUUAUUACUGAGUACAAUCUUAAUGUAUGUAGGAUUACUUCUUUUUUUC